AUGAUCCGGAUCUGUUUCCUGAUCGUCGUCGCCGCCAGCGUGGCAACGGCGGAGGAUGAAGUGAAGCCCGAAUACUGCAUAGACUACCAUCCACAAUGUCCGGUAGAUGAAACGGCUAAUUCAACAGCGACUCAUCUCCCGGUAUACCAGGAUUGUCAUAAAUUCUACAAGUGCGAUUAUGGACGCGCAUGUGUAUUCUCGUGCCCGACCUACAAUGGUGGUACAAGACAGUUGGUUUUCAAUCCAAAGCUGCAAGUUUGCGAUUAUCCAUGGAACGUACCAGGAUUGCCAAAUUGUGAGGGAAUCUAUUUACUAAUCGUGGCCGUGAACGCGGUAACAGCAAAUACUGAAGUGAAGCCCGACUACUGCAUAGACUACCAUCCACAAUGUCCGGUAGAUGAAACGGCUAAUUCAACAGCGACUCAUCUCCCAGUAUAUGAGAAUUGUCAUAAAUUCUACAAGUGCGAUUUUGGGCGCGCAUGUGUAUUCUCGUGCCCAAUGUAUAAUGGUGGUACAAGACAGUUGGUUUUCAAUCCAAAGCUGCAAGUUUGCGAUUAUCCAUGGAACGUACCUGGAUUGCCAAAUUGUUCGGACACACCAUCCACAAAUAGUACAACGACAGUUACUCCGCCGACCGAUACACCGCCCGAUACACCGACCACUACACCGACCUCUACAACACCUGGAGGAGGAAUCUAUUUACUAAUCGUGGCCGUGAACGCGGUAACAGCAAACGCUGUAGUGAAGCCCGAAUACUGCAUAGACUACCAUCCACAAUGUCCGGUAGAUGAAACGGCUAAUUCAACAGCGACUCAUCUCCCAGUAUAUCAGAAUUGUCAUAAAUUCUACAAGUGCGAUUUUGGGCGCGCAUGUCUAUUCUCGUGCCCAAUGUAUAAUGGUGGUACAAGACAGUUGGUUUUCAAUCCAAAGCUGCAAGUUUGCGAUUAUCCAUGGAACGUACCAGGAUUGCCAAAUUGUGAGGGUGACUCGAAUACGCCCACAAUAAGUACACCGACAGUUACUCCGCCGACAAUAAGUACACCGUCAGGUACUCCGCCGACAAUAACUACAACUACACCUGGAGGAAGUAUACCUGGCGCUUGUCUAGACAAGUGCCCUGAGAGUGGUCACGCACGUGUAAGGCAUCAACUUUUCUGCAACUAUUAUUAUGAGUGCGCCGAUGGGAAAUACGUACUUGUAAAAUGUUUGGAGAACUUUUAUUUCAAUUGCUACGUGCAGGCGUGUGACCGACCACAAAAUCUCCCUCCGAAUUAUCCUUGCUCGGGUCUUGGACAAUAA